GAUCAUGUUUGUCAUAAAUACUGCAAUCUGAUUGGUUAGAGGAAAUGUUCUAUCCAAUUUAGAAAAUCAUGUACUUCAAUAGAAAAUCAUGUACUUCAAUAGAAAAUCAUGUAGCAAAGAUUUGAUCAAGAUAAGAUAAUAAUCAUAAUAAACGUACAUAAUAAUAAUAAUAAUAAGCAAUACUUGACGUCAAUGAGUGUUUCUUUGGUAUUGUUUCCUUUCUUGCUUGUUCUACUAUCUUUACUUGACUUUGGGGGAGCGAAUUUUCUUGCUUUCUUUGCCACUGGAGCAGUAAGUAGGUUCUCACUGGCUAUGGAGGAGAGCAAAUAGUCUACGAACCUUCGUCUUGCAGGUCAGAGAGAGCAGAGAGCAGAUAGGAAGGUGGGGCUGGUUGCUGCAGCAGAUAUGGAGGUGGGGCUGGUUGCUGCAAAGACAGAGCUGGAGGUGUGGCUGGUUUGGAAGGAAGCAGGGAAGGGUGGGCUGGGUUUCAGUAGUUCGAAACCGUGUAAUAGGGGAACUCAAGAAAGCGUUCGGCACAGGAGGAGGCUCAGAAUCCAUUGUUUGUGCGUUCAAACCAUUGUUGUCAGGCGUAUGAGCGUUGUUGCUAUGAUCUAAAAUGCUUAGACACUGUUUAGGAAGUCUCCACGUGAUUUAGAAGCCCUCAGGGCUAGUAGAACCCUCACUGCGUUCGGGAUUCUACAGAACGCCCUUUGGACUUCUAAAUCACGUAGAAACUUCCUAAACAGUGUCUAACUAUUAUAUAGAAUUAUGCAUGCAGAACAUCAUGUACAUGUAUACCAUUGCAGGGUUACACAAUAAUAAUGCACACUAUCAAGAGUUCAUUACGCAACUCCACUUAAAACCAUAGUAGGCGUUCCUUCAGGCCUACGUCACAACCACAUGCUGUUGUAUAAAGUGUGAAAUCAAAUUUGCAUAGUGAUGAUUAUCACUAAUUUACAACUGCGGUAGGAAAGGCAAUGAAUAACAGCAUUACUAAUUUACCUUUCCUACUUGUUGCGGUUACAACAGCCAGUAUCUGUGACAUAGGAGUGGAGGAAUGCUUUUUGUGCACAGUCUAUUGGAGUUGCGUACUCUUCCUAAUGAACUCUUGACACUAUAAUUAUAUAUACCUGCAGUUGACAAUAAAAAUCAAAUAGAUAUAUAUAGUACUCCCUGCAUGCUAUAGUGUAAUUAUUGACCAGUGCCAAAAGAAUUAUUUACAAUUACAAGUCUAUACGAUUUUAUAUAAGCUAUAUAUAUUAUAGCUAUCACUGCAUGAUUAUUGAAAGAAAUGCGACCACGCUUGUAUACUGAUAUAGAUGAACAAAUAUAAUGUUAAGUACCGUAUAGCGCGAAAUUUUCGAGGGGCUUAAUUUUCGCGGAUUUCGUGGGUUGGAAUUCUACACGAAAAUUAAGUCCACGAAAAGUGUUCGUUAAUAAGAAUUACCUGCUACAUGCAAAUAUUUAAAGGCGUGGCUUCCGGUAAACAGUCAUUCCGCGAACAUUGUGCAACGAAAUGGCUUUUAGAGGCCAAUCCACGAAAUAUAAGUGCCUCGAAAAUUUCGCGCUAUACGGUAAUUAUGAUGUACACUAUAGCACGUACUAUAGUUUGGCCCUGCAUGUACGCAUGUAGUACAUGCAUGCAUGCUCAGUGCUAUAAUUAAGGUGUCGACUGGAUAAUGAUACAAAACAAUAGAGAGAAGGAUUUCGAUGAAUUCGUGUAAUUUUAGUUGACUGAAUAUAAUUAUAGCUAUAGGUAUAAUUUUCAUAAAACUGUUUCGAAAGCACAUGCAGCAGGUUCUAUAUUAUAUUGAAGUAAAAGUGCAUUCAGAUUAUCUUGUACAAGGCAUAUAAAUAUAAUGACUCGCCUUAAGAUCCUCAAACGAGUUUCAUGACAGUGCUGGAUUUCCUCUAUAUAUAUAUAGGAUAUUCUGUGAUUACAAUCGACGUGUCACCUUCUGUAAAAUUAUAUGCACGUCUAUAUUAAUUGGUCAGUAUAGUAGAUUAUGCUAUAGCGCAUUAGAAGUGAGUAAUAGUCUAAAUAAAGUGCUAUAGAAACUUACUUUAAUACAGCGUUAAAACUUUCGUGGUGGAGCAAUAUUAAUUUAGUCAGUUCGUGGGAUGUAUUUUUGUGGCUGCAUGUGCACUGUAGGUAAAAGUGGUCAAUGAUCUCAGUACGCUAUUUUACCAAUGGUAAGGGGGUAUACUUUUUUUUCAUUAGGGGGUAUACUUUUUCAUUAGGGUAUACGUUAUAAAAAUGAUUUGGAAGCUGUAAACUACGCUCACUGCACACUCAGUUUGAGGUGGUAAAUUCCAAAAAAUAAGUGUAACAGUUUCCUUUGAUAGAGUGGUGCGGGGGCCAUAUGUUACACUUAGCUAUACAAUGUACAUGUAUUGGUAUCUCAAGUAUCUCAAGUAAUUUUUUGUGUAAGUAUAUACACAGUUGAGUUCAAGUAGAUGUUCAAGUAGAUGUGACCUUUGCUUGUUCAUCAUUCGUUCGUGGUUAAUUCUAAAGCAUUAUUAUGUCUGGCUAAGAUUAUGUGUGUUGUGCAAGGCGCUGACUAUGGUGUUCAAUAGAGGAGAUAGGACAUGCACAUGCAGGGCCGUAGAUAGCUUAGGUUUGCAGGAAAUAACAGCUGAAAAUUUUUACUAAAAAAAAGGUCAACUGUUAUUUCAUAUCCGUGAUCUCGCUUACAUAAUUUCUCCCACACAGAGACUGAUGGAGACAACAGUCAAGAUAAAAUUGACAUUGAUGUAUUAUUAUCAUGUCUGGCCCCAGACCACUCCCUUGCACGUGAUCUGACAUGUGCCAGGGAGGAGUCUGGCCUCGAGACUAGGUUCCUCUCUCCUCCUUCAGGGAGGGCGGCGACGCCCGUCUAGAUUGUUGAUACAAUCACAGAUUUGAAGAGCAAAAGGAGCGAGGCCAGAGGGAGACGGAUUGGAAACGGAAGUUACUAAACACCAAGUAAACACCCGCCGUCACCUUCGAGGUUAAGCCACUGCCACCAAUUAAACAAAGUGCACCUGCCCAAUACACUCGCAAGCCGUCGAGUCACUGUUGCACAAAACAAUAAUAUCUCAAAAUCUAAGUUGUGGUUGAAACUGGUUGAAAAGCUAUUUCACAUCAGUAUAAGCCCAGCAAUGAACCAUCCUGAUCUUAAAAACGUCAAGUGUAUUUCCUUGAAAGAUACACGCCAAACCAAACCCACUAUCAAAGUACACAGUCUUGAAUGAUUUGCGAGGUUUCGGAUUAAAGGGGUCCGGAUUAGCGAGGUUCUACUGUAUUAGUAGCUUUAUGUUAUGUAGCUUUGGCAUCUCCACCGAGGCAUCAGCACCUGUGGUGCUUUCAUUAUGUUAGUCUUUGUUGCAAGUCAAAAGAGUGUUCAGUUCUAGGCAAAAAAAUUAAUGUCUGAAUGUGAAGAUUAUUUGAAUAUUAACAUUUUGUGUCGUUGCAUGUGUGCUGUGUUUAUGUCUACAUUUAUUUACGUUGUUUUUAUGUUAUCAGGGCCUAUUUUUCACGCUAUUUUGUGAUUUUCCUGGAAGUCAUCAGUGUUAUAUACAUGCAGUGAUGUUUAAUAAUCCCAUGCAGGAACUAUAAUCAACAUGACUGCCACUAUAAUGCUAAUUACAGGAGACUCAGUGCAUGCACUCCUGUAAUUAUUAAUAGCUUGAUAAUUAUGCCCCCAUAUCAUGCCCCGCCCCAAUGGCACUAUACUUAAAUUUACGUAGCUUGUUAUGAUCAUUGAUUAUAAAUUAUAAACAUGCAAUGGAUGUACAUGUGUAAAUGUAUAGAAUCUAGGCAAAGAGAUUGUUAUUAAGAGGAACGACCACUAGAUCUAUAGAUAUCUAUAUAAUAUCUAGCUAGAUCUAGAUAUUAUAAUUAAGGUCCCCAAUAGCAUCCGGAAUUGAAUUGCAACGUGAAUGAACCACGGGACUUUACUUCAUCUUCCUCUACUUGACGUGGUGCAUGGAUCUUCUUCAAAACAAAUGGAGCAUGCAUGAUAUGAUUUCUUCAUCAGUUGGUUUUAAAAGUGAGUUAAGUACUUGUUUACUUUUUCCUUGGUAGAACAAUACCUCUCUUGUAUUAUUAGCAUGUGGAAUUGAAUUGGAGUAGGUUCUACCAGAGAUAGAGUAAUCUCUGGUUCUACAAAUAUUCUCACCAAGUUGAUCUAACUGCUGACUACUACCACCCACACAGAUUGCUUGCGAGAUAGAUAUAUAGUGGGUGGGUGGUAUAGAUCUAUAGAUUGUCAGAGUUCUGGGGAAAACCCACUGCACAAACAAUAAUUAUGGUAGUCUAGGCUAGGCUGCUAGGCUUGUGUGUAGGUUAACCUGUGUGUAGCCCAACUAUAUAUAUAGCAUACUAGCAGAGCAGGACAAACACCUGUUAUUACAUCAGUGCAAGAAUGAGUACUCUGUCGGGAACCUCUGCGCCCGAGUACAAAGCAUUUCGUGAAUGUUACGGUGUUCUAGUGAACACUGUGAAACAACAAGUUGGCGAGACCUGUGAUUCUUUAUAUGCUAAAAGCUACAUACCAGAGACAGUUCGAGACUACACAAGAACGGAUGGAAUUCCAGACUUGAAAAAAGCUCAGAAAUUGGUCGACUUUGUUAGUGAUGCCAUUAAAACUAACUCCAAUGUUCUCCGUGGGUUUAUUGCGAUACUCAAACUUGAAGGUCCGUUCAAUGAUGACAUUGUGAAAAAACUGGAAGAAAGUUAUCGAAAAGCAUGUGAGCAUAAAUCGUUUCAAUCUUCUGAAAAAUCGAGUGACGUACACCAAGCUGACGAUGGAGAUGUUUCCUCUGGAGAUGAGUCGUUUCAUUCGGCCAUAGAUGAUCGAAAUGUAUUUGUGUGUCCUUACUGCCAAGAGUGUUCUCUUCAACAGUUUUACUCAAAAGAAGGGUGUCCCAAGAAAUCAAUAUCUCACAAAACUAGAUCUACCAAUCUCUUCCCUUAUCUCGAUGUGACAGGUCUUGCUGACGAACAUGUCUUUGAUUUGGAAGAAAGAUUGAUAUCCGAUACAAGAGAAAUUAUGAUCAAGUUUUCUGAUUUCUCGUUGUGUGUUAGAAAGUCAUUGGAAGAAAUGGAUAUUCCUUUAGACAAGUUACAAGAUUGUGUACUGAGUGCCGUUAUUCUCCAGAAAGAUCAAGGUGUGAGUGCACUUGAUACCGAGCACAAGGAGAGGGUCCUUGCGGCAAACAGCCUUGCCAGAAUAUUCUCCAUACUUCGAGUCUAUGAUUACAUCUCAUUCUUGAACUACCAAAUCAUUGAGCUGCUCAUUCAACACCAUGGAAAUGCUGAUGAGAACAAAAGGCUUAAACAGUAUCUUGUUGCUUUGAGAACCUUCUGCCAACGAAGUAUUUUCGAAGUCCCUUUAUCUGUUUUUUCAUCACACAGGUCUCGUAAGACGGCCAAAGUGUUUGCGCUCAAAUGCACAGAACGGACAUUAACACUACAGGGAGUUCGAGCGAUGCAAAACAAUGUUGCUGAAAUCUUAGGCCUGGAAUUCAAUGCUUUACAACUUUGCUCCGUCAAGAAAGGUUGUGUUGAGUUACACUUCUUGGUUUCCGCAGCUGUUGCUGAGCAUAUCUUCCCACUGUCCCCUUCUCAACAGUCGGCACUCAGUGAGAUUGGAGCGAGGCUUCUCCCGUAUGACGAAGAAAAUGAGAGAGAGAUAACGUUGGAACCUCAGUCACCCACCACACUUCCAGAAGGGCUUUCCCAGUCCACAGCUCAGGAGAUAGUGUGUCCAUCACUCCCCAAAAAGUUGAAACUAUCGCCCUCAAGAUCUGUACAGGAUGAGAAUACUCUCCAUACUGCGUGUGAAAGAGGAGACAUUGAAACUGUGAAGUUGAUGAUUGACAAGGGAGCAGAUGUAAACGAGUGGGGCAUAGAUGGUAACACCCUACUUUAUGCUGCCUGUAAGAAUGGUCACACUGAGACUGCCCAGGUGCUGAUUGACGGGGGAGCAAAUGUGCACCAGCCCACUAGGGAUGAGAAUACCCCACUCCUUGCUGCUUUAGAGAAAGGCCACACUGAUACUGCCCAGUUGCUGAUUGAUAGGGGAGCAGAUGUGAACUGGUGGAAAACAGUAUGUAUACCUGAUGGUAACGCACCACUUCAUGCUGCUUGUGAGAAAGGCGACACUGAGAUUGCCCAGUGGCUGUUUGACAGGCGAGCAAGUGUGAACAGUAGGAACUCGGCAGGGAGUACCCCACUGCUUGCUGCCUGUGAGAAUGGCCACACUGAGACUGCCUUGUUGCUGAUUGACAGAGGAGCAUAUGUGAACCAGCGUCACAGCCAGACAGGGAACACCCCACUCCAUGUUGCCUGUGAGAAUGGCCACACUGAAACUGCCCAGUUACUGAUUAACAAGGGAGCAGAUGUGAACAAAGGGAACACGGACGAAAAUACCCCACUCCUUGUUGCCUUAGAGAAAGGCCACAUUGAGACUGCCCAGUUGCUGAUUGACCAGCGAGCAGAUGUGCACCUGUGUAAUAAGGAAGGAAAUACACCACUCCUUGUUGCCUUGGAGAAAGGCCACAUUGAGACCGCCCAGUUGCUGGUUGACAGGGGAGCAGAUGUGGACCAAUCUAACAAUGAAGGAAAUACACCGCUCCUUGUUGCCUUAGCGAAAGGCCACAUUGAGACCGCCCAGUUGCUGAUUGAUGGGGGAGCAGAUAUGUAUCAUUGCAACAAGGAAGAAAAUACACCACUCCAUAUUGCCCUAAAGAAAGGCAUCACUAAGACUGCCCAAUUGCUGAUUCACAGAGAAAAAAAUGUGAACAGGUGUAACCUGGAAGGAAACACCCCACUCCACGUUGCCUGUGAGAAUGGCGAUACUAAGACUGCCCAGCUGCUGAUUAAGAAAGGAGCAGUUGUGCACAAGUGUAACAAGGAAGGGAACACCCCACUCCAUGUUGCCUGUAAGAAUGGCCAUAAUGAUACUGCCCAGUUACUGAUUGACAGUGGAGCAGAUUUAAACAGACAGAACAGGAAAGAGAACACCCCACUCCAUGUUGUCUGUGAGAAAGGUCACACUGAGACUGCCCAGUUACUGAUUGACAGGGGAGCAGAUUUGCACCACUAUAACAAGGAAGGGAAUACAGCAUUCCGUGUUGCCAGUAUGAGAGGCGACACCAUCAUUACCCAGUUGCUGAUUGACAGAGGUGUAAAAGAGGCACAAGUUGAACCUGACACCACCUUAAGUGACAAGCUCGAGUCCCUUCGAAGAUUUAAUUCCCACUCAUCAACCUCAGGCUCUACUCCUGGUUAAAAAUUGUGACCACCUGCACGGUUGAUUCAUAUUUUGUUGUGUGAGUUGUAUGUAAUAAUUAUACGCUCAAUUUUGUAUAAAAUUUAAUUAUGUAUAGCAUAGAUUUGAGCACAGAUAUAUUUUUGUAGCAUUUUAUGUACACUGUAUGUAACUAUCAUCAUAGCCAUAGUGUAGUUUUAC